GUUUUCCCCGACCUACGAGCGGAGUUAUCAGGCGUUUUGUCUGUUGGAAAAGACGGGCCAGUUUAACAGCAGUAAUUAUUUCUCAUCAAGUUCAACAUCUGGGUUUGUUUCGCCAGAUGGGGAGGGGGCGGGCACUGGCAAUGAGAAAACACAAGCAGAGAUGAUUGUGCAAUUUGAAAGAUACUACCGGUUCAAAAAGGCAGUAGUUCCUCUGAAUCAUGCUACGGAUCAUUCUGGAAAUGGAAUGAAGACAACCACCGACGGUCAGACCAUGGACGAUGGCGCUUCUAGUACGACCUUUGCCGCAGCUAGUAGUCCAUCAGGAAUUAGUCCAACCCAGCUGCAACAGGAAGAAGACCUUUUACAUUUGCUAGUCGCGCGGAAACUUCUGCCCGAAGCGAGGGAAUGGUCGGCGACGGGGGGCGGAGGCGGAGGUAGUUCUGCUGGUACAGCAUCUAAC